UCUAAGAUCUUAUACUUUGUCUAGAAAAUUCUUAGAGGUGCAUAUAUUCUGAUCUCCAGUAGCAAGUCCCAGAGAUAAUCAAACAUCUAAACCAAACGGAAAGCUGCAUGCAAAAGGCCCUUCAAUUUGCAAAACUUUAUAUUUUUGUUCUUUGUGGGAGGCCGUAAUAUCAUGCGGGAAGUACAUUCUGCAUCAGAUAUCGUGCCUCACAUAAAGACUAUCGAAGUCUACGAGUCGCCAGCCGACCUCGAGAGCCUUCGCCAAAGUAAAUUCAAGCUUUGUCUUGCCCACACCUUCCUCGCGAACAACAAUCUCGUCUCGACUCUCGCCUGGAAAUCGCUUAGCCCUGCCCCCUUUACUCCAAUUACCUGGCAGGCAUCUUACGCUUUGAACUGGACAGAUGAGCUGCCAAAUGGUAUUUCAGACCCCAUUACGCUCAGCGGAUUAUGGCAGCCUUGCAAGAAAGGCGAGGUUUUUGAUCUUGACCCAACAGGAUUAUGGUCACGGUCAAGCAAAACACCAGUUCCAGGGAAGCUGAUGGUGGGCAUAAAUAGAUUUAAGGGCGACAUAGGUACAGGAGUUUUCAUUGUGAUAGGUCUAAAGGGCAAGGAUGACAAGUUCGAUCCGAUUUUCAUUGAUCACGUGAAUGUAGGCCUCAACAUGUCCGCAAUAUUCGAACCUUCUGAUGUUGUGAAGUGGUGGUAUAGAGCAGAAAUCGAGGCAGCUGAAACACUUUCCCCAGAAGAGAGUUACGAUAUGGCUACCGUUUCUUACGUCUCAAGCACAUAUAGUUAUGUAGAUGGAGUAUGGGCUACUAGUAUAGAUCGAGCACCUAGAUUGGUAUAACUAAUUAUGAGGCUUAUUUGGUGGGCUUGAUCCCUUGAACUUGGA